AUGACCUACGACUUCAACGCCUCUGGAGGGGAAGCCGCACUGUUGGAGCACUUGGUAUACGAUCACCGCGACCGCUACUCGUAUCCAGCCGUGACGUCCGCCGCCCCGUCCCAGGAUCUCACCUCAACCGCCCUGGCCACCAUGUCGCAGGCGAGCCGCCUGAGUUUGAGCCCCGGGACGACCUGGCUGCCGCUUGACCUGACGGGCACCGGAAGUGCGCCGGUAUCGAUUCACUCGCCCAACUCUGCCAGCGCGACUGCCUCUUCUCCGGAUGACCAGAGCGCCCACUCUCCGGGCCACCAAAGCACCAUGUCGAGCCCUCUCCAGCAACAACAACACUCGCCAUACCAGCCCGCUACUCAUUCGAACCCCUCGGGCAUUAUUCCGGACUGGUCCCUUCCCUUGCAGGCCCACCAACAGUCGGCUGCUGAACUUUCUCAGUUCAUCCAGGACUCAGCCUUGAUGGCCUUCAACCCGUUCACCUCCAAUUUCCAGCCUGCUCCGCUUGAUUACCUUCCGGCAACCACCCAGGCCUCAUUGGGGGGUGGCCUGCAGCUGGAGCAGACCUUCAACGCAAUGUCUCCGGUUGAUGGAGCUUCGCGGGUUAUGCCGUGGGGGACAGGCAUGGCGAACUGGCAGGACUUUGAUACUACCAUCAAUUUCCAUCCCGAUGGGUUGCCCCGCGUCAGGAGUCUCGGGAGUCAUUCCCCUACCGGCACCUAUUUGGAGGUGUUGUCUCUGGGCUCGAGCAGUGACAAUGGUUGGACAAGCGUAGAUGUGUAUCCCAAUUGCGACACAUUUCAGCGGUCGCAGCACUCGCAAAACGCGGCCAUCUUCAACCCCAGCCAAACGCUCCACUUGAGGAGUAAUUCUGACUCGACUUCUGACAGCAACUCUCUGGAAUUUGGCAGCUAUGAGGAGGUCAAUUUCCCUUACUCUCCUUUCUCACCAGAUUCCGACACAUUUGUGGAUCACUCCAGCAAUCAUCGCAACUGCUUGCCCGGGGAGCACCAUCAUCCGGCUUCCUCGGACCUCGUCAGCCCGUCUUCUGCGGUCGCUCCCGUGCCCAUAACCACUGUGUCGACCACGAACAGGCCCGUCGCCGCAAGCGGCUCCAGCGGUUCUGGAUCAGCUUCUCCCCCAGCAAGACGGAACUCGGGUACGCGCAAAAGCCCCAUCGCCAAGGCCACAAAACCCGUCAUCAGGAGGACCUCGUCAGGGAAGAAGGACGGCAACGGCGAAAAGAAGGUGGGCAGGCGCAGAGGCCCUUUGCUUCCUGAACAACGAAAGCAAGCCAGUGAGAUCCGAAAGCUGCGGGCCUGUCUCCGCUGCAAGUUCCUCAAGAAGACCUGCGACAAGGGUGAGCCUUGUGCCGGCUGCCAGCCUUCUCAUGCUCGUCUCUGGCAGGUUCCUUGCACUCGGAUUGACAUCAAGGACAUUGGCUAUUUCAUGAAGGACUGGAAGGCUGACUACGAGCGACACCUUGAUCUCGGCAAGUCCGUGUUCAACGUGAAGGGAUUCGCACAGAAGGAGACGUUGAUGUGGAUCACACACGGCUACGGUUUCUGCCUGCCUGUUAUGGUCCGAGAAGUCUUCGUGGCGGAUGAUAGCUGUUUCCAGGUCGACUGGGUCGAGUCGACAUUGCAGGACCAGGACCCUAUUGAUUUUGAAAUCCGGACCGAGCGCCUUGACGUCGGCCAAGAGGGCAUCUCGAUGGAAGCGUUGUCCGAGUAUCUCGACAAGCACAUCGACGAGGGGUUCGAAAGAUUUAUCGACGACCACUUUGAAGGAACGCCCUUCAUCACCGAGAUCUUCAAGACAGCAUACCGGUUCUACACCAAGGAGAGGCUACCGGUCAUCCGUAAGGCCCUGAAGCUGGUUGUGGCCUACAAUCUCACGCUGCACAUCACCAUGGUCGAGCAGCCACCAACAGAGGAGCCGAUGGAAGGCCAGAUUGACGACGAGGAUUCCAAGUACUACGGCAAGGUUAUCGCCCCUGUCAUGAUCAACUUCCAGAUCAAGUGCGCCAUGGCGGAUAUGUGGCGUGAGCUCCAAAAAGACAUUCUGGAGGAGCUCUCGGCUCUCUACUCGAGUGUCUACAGCGGAGAGCGACUGAAGAACUGGCCCACCAUCUUCAUGCUUGCCUCCAUACUCCUUGCUGUUUGGGAGGAGAUUCAGUUCGACUGCCACUACCGCGUUCCCGACCCGGUCGCUGUCGAGAAAUUCUGCAACGAUAUGGAAACGGUGCCUGUGGGUGUCAUUGUUGGUCUAUUCCAUGCCAUUUCACAGAAGCUGCCCUCUUUCACCGAGUGGGAUACCCGGAGACACGGCCAGCUUCUGAACAACAACCCAGCGGUGUGCGAGGCCAUGACCGAAGUACGGCAACAUGUCAUCAAGCAUGAGGCCUACUUGAAGACGCGUGCGGAUACGAAGUUUGACCGAUAUGACUUUGAUUCUCUAUCAAACAAGCUGUUGUCCAAGCUGGUCAUCCGGGCUAACUAG